AUGGUAAGCCCCCCCCCCUCCUUCCCUAAGGCCCACCUCCUCCUCCACUCGAAUCAACUGAACCUCCUUGCAUCUCUUCUCAGCCCCGUCCAACGCAACAACGUCGAUCGCUCCCCGCUCAUUCCAAAGCCGCUUCCCGACACGGUGCAACUCGUUCAACGGUCCAGGACGAUGAUUUGAUCGGUCUGAGUGCGGGCGAUCAGUUGAUGAGACCUAGGGAUACUCAACCCGCGAAGGUAAUUCACACUUCAACGGGGGAGUGGAAAGACGGCUGAUGCUGAUCCGAAUAGAGGACACAUGUGAAGCAGAUUCCUUUCGACGACGAGUCGAGGAAUGAUGAUGACGAAGCACUAGACGAGGAUCCAGCCUUAUCAUCGACAACCACACCAGGUCGUCCGUUCCCUGCCAAGCAGACCAAAGCGACGAAACAACAUUUGAAAAGACAGGCCUUACUCGACCGUAAGUCCGCCCCCCUCCCCCGGAAAAUCCCCCACUCGACCCUCUCGGAUCAGCUGACCACCGUAACCCUUCGACCAUUCCUUUGCUUUCCUAUAUAGAAAUCACCUCCUCCCAACAACCCUACUCGAAAUCGCACGCCCGUAGAAUGAAACGCGCUGCCAAACCGGAGAACAACCUCGUUGCCGACUUGAGGCAAGUCGAACAGGCUUUACCACCUACUUCUUGGACUACGACGAGCUUGAUGGGGGAUGCGUUAGGGAUGCAACAUGGUGAGGAGGUGGAGCAGGAGGAUGUGGAUGUGGGUAUGGAAGAGGGCGGCGUACGGGGAUUGAAAGGGGGCAAGGGGAAGGAAAAGUUGACCGCCAAAAAGAGGUCAAGGGUAUUGUACGUUCACCCGCGUUCUCUCCACCCCACCCCGUUCUCCACAACCUCACCUCAACCUGCUCGGAUCGAUCACAGAGAAUCCGAAGCUUCCCGCUUACCCGCCGUUUUGACGAACAAGGACUUCAAGAAGGAUGCGUUCGCGGCGAUCAGGUUGCAUAUGAUGAACCAGAUCGAGGCGGAGAAGGAGACCCGGUCAAAGGAGGGGCAGGGGAGGAAAAAGGGGGCCAAGUAG